GAGCCAACCGGUUCAUGGACGACGUUGCCUGCAUGAUCGGGUACCGACCUUGCCCCUGGAUGAAAUGGUGCUGGUCCUUCUUCACCCCACUGGUCUGCAUGGGCAUCUUCAUCUUCAACGUGGUGUAUUACAAGCCGCUGGUCUACAACAACACCUACGUGUAUCCAUGGUGGGGCGAGGCCAUGGGCUGGGGCUUCGCUCUCUCCUCCAUGCUGUGCGUGCCCCUCCACCUCCUGGGCUGCCUCCUCAGGGCCAAGGGGACCAUGGCUGAGCGCUGGCAGCACCUGACGCAGCCUGUGUGGGGCCUCCACCACUUGGAGUAUAGAGCUCAGGACUCCGACGUCAGGGGCCUGACCACCCUGACCCCAGUGUCCGAGAGCAGCAAGGUGGUGGUGGUAGAGAGCGUCAUGUGACAGGCACCCUGGCUCCCAUCACCAGCUCACCCUCUUGUAGCCAUAGCAGCCCCUGCUUUAGCCCCCCCACCCCUCCGGGGGGCUUGCCUUUCCCUGACACUUGUGGGGUCUGCCUGGGGAGGGCGGGGACGAAGCACCACGAGUGCUAACUAAAAUAACUUUUUUUUCCACUUUUAAUAAAACACCAAAAAUACCACAACCCACCAAAAAUAGACGCCUCCCCACCCCGCCCCCCAACCAAGCUGGUACACACGCUGCUUCCCAGGCCCUGCCGACCGCCCUUCCCCUGGUGCCCGCCGCCGAAGCGUCUCCCCCAGCCCCGCCACGCCUGCCUCUCUGGGCUCUGCCCGCCGCAGCCUCGGGCGGCCCCUCCCCCCUGGAGGCAGCAGUGACAGCUGGGGGACCCGGGCAGCAGAGGAGAGCAGGAAGGCGAGGGAGGGGCAGCAGAACCAAGGCGGCUACUUCAGCGGGGCUAGACCCCUCUCCCCGUCCCUAUUCUAGAAGCUUCGAGAGCCAGCCAGCAACGGGACCUCCUGGUUCCUGCGCCGAUUGCCACCAAUAUCAAUCGUGUGAGCUUGUGUACGAAUGCGUGUGUGCGUGAGGAUGUAGGGGAAGCCUAGACCUCUCUUAGCAAAGGUGAAUACCGGGUGUAAACUGUGCCUGUGGGCACGUGAGGCUUGUAUUUUGCACAUUUUAUAAAAACUUGAGGAAAGAGAUUUCUGCUUGUAUAUUUCUAAAGAGGAAACAGCCCAACGUCCCUCUCCCUGCCACUCCCUGUCCCUUUCAGCACCCCUUAGUCCUCUGCCCCAGCCAAGGAGUGUGAACUUAUAGAUCUAAUUUUCAUAGGCAAAAGCUUCAAGCUGUGGAGUGUGCAAGUCUGUCGUGUGGGUGUGCAUGUGUAGUCCCUGGCCCCAGACUGGGGUGGAAAGAGUGUACGGCUGGGGGAGGGGGGGGGCCUCCGGGAGCACCCCCCCCCGCCCCCUCUGCCCACAGGUCGGCGGGGUGAAGCAGAUGCGGCGUUGUGACCCCGGCGAUCGGGGGCCGCUCACCCGGCAUGCUCAGGCUCGCCCGCACCCUGCCCUCCCCUCCCCACCCCCCCGGGCUGGGCACGACUGCAGGGAUCCGAGGUGGGCACCAGCCAGGGGAGGGAUCCCGGGCAUGGCUCCCACCUGCGAGCUUAAAGCUGAUGCACUUCCCACGUCUCAAGUCUUCCAUGUAGCAGCUUUAAUUAACCCACGUGUGUGUCACGUCCGAUCCCGAGACAGCCGAGUGGGCCCUAGAGAGGCUUCCCCCACGCCACCCCGACAUCGGUCGGAGAGGUGGGACUGGGUGAGGGCAGGGGUCCAGCGGGGACGUUCUUACUGUGCUAAAAAGCCACUGCAAACAUAGCAA